AUGUGUGCAAUCGUUACAUGGAUAUUGCAGUCUACUGAGCUUUCUCUAAAAUUGUACAAAUGUUAUCAAUUCUCAGAAAUCCAUGCUGAAGUGCAGUUGAAGAAUUAUGGGAAAUUUCUUGAGGAGUAUACAUCUCAGCUGAAGAGAAUUGAGGAUGCUUUGGAUGACUCUGUUGGAGAUGUUUGGGACUUCAGUCUUGAUCCCAUUGCAUUAAAGCUUUUGCCAUAUGAACAGUCUUCUCUGCUGGAGCUCAUAAAGACAGAAAACAAGGUUCUGAACAAAGUAAUAACUGUUUAUGCUGCCCUUUGCUGUGAAAUCAAGAAACUGAAGUACGAGGCAGAAACUAAAUUUUAUAAUGGCCUCUUGUUUUAUGGAGAAGGAGCCACAGAUUCCAGCAUGGUGGAAGGAGAUUGCCAAAUACAGAUGGGAAGAUUUGUUUCUUUCUUGCAGGAGUUGUCUUGCUUUGUUUCCCGAUGUUAUGAAGUGGUGGUGAAUGUAGUGCAUCAGUUGGCUGUUCUCUAUACCAGCAACAAGAAUGCGCCAAAAAUUAUAGAGACAUCAGGAGUUCAUUUUCAGACAGUGUACGAGCAUUUAGGGGAGUUGCUGACAGUCUUAAUCACGCUGGAUGAAAUAAUUGACAAUCAUGCCACUCUGAAAGAUCACUGGACUAUGUACAAGAGGCUGUUAAAAUCUGUCCAUCACAACCCUUCUAAGUUUGGGAUUCAGGAAGAUAAACUGAAGCCAUUUGAAAAGUUACUGUUAAAACUGGAAUGCCAGUUACUUGAUGGAAUGAUAUUUCAGGCCUGUAUAGAACAACAGUUUGAUUCCAUAAAUGGUGGAGUGUCUGUGUCGAAGAACAGCGCGUUUGCUGAAGAGUUUGCUCAUACCGUUCGCACAAUUUUUGCAAAUGUUGAAGCUAAACUUGGUGAACCUUCAGAAAUUGACCAGAGAGAUAAAUAUGUAGGAGUCUGUGGCCUCUUUGUACUCCAUUUUCAGAUUUUUCGGACCAUAGACAAGAAAUUUUACAAGUCAUUGUUAGAUGUCUGCAAAAAGGUACCAGCUAUCACAUUAACUGCUAACAUUGUAUGGUUUGCUGAUAACUUUCUGAUUCAGAAGAUGCCAGCUGCUGCCAAACUUCUGGACAAGAAAAGUAUUCAUACAGUUAAAAUGCAAAGGGAGAAUUUUCUGCAGCAGAAGGCGCAGUCACUCACUAAAGAUAUGCAGUCAUAUUAUGUCUUUGUGAGCUCGUGGAUGACAAAAAUGGAAUCUAUCUUGUCGAAGGAGCAACGAAUGGAUAAGUUUGCUGAAGAUCUUUCUAACCGCUGCAACGUCUUCAUUCAGGGUUUUCUUUAUGCAUAUAGUCUUAGCACCAUCAUUAAGACCACAAUGAAUCUCUACAUGUCAAUGCAAAAACCUAUGACCAAAACCUCGGUGAAAGCUCUGUGCAGGCUUGUGGAACUUCUCAAGGCAAUAGAGCACAUGUUUUACCGCAGAAGUAUGGUUGUGGCAGAUUCUGUGACACACAUCACGCAGCAUCUGCAGUAUCAGGCUCUUCACUCUAUUUCUGUAGCCAAGAAAAGAGUCAUUUCUGAUAAAAAGUACAGCGAGCAACGCCUGGAUGUUCUCUCUGCUUUGGUCUUGGCUGAGAAUACCCUCAAUGGACCAAGUACAAAACAGAGGCGACUAAUUAUUUCCCUUGCGUUGAGUGUGGGAACACAGAUGAAAACUUUUAAAGAUGAAGAACUUCUUCCCCUUCAGUUAGUUCUGAAAAAGCUAGACUUGAUCAGUGAACUUGUAGAGCGAGUUCGGGCACAAUGUGACUGUUGUUUCUUAUACUGGCAUCGAGCAGUCUUUCCAAUCUAUUUAGAUGACGUGUAUGAAAAUGCAGUUGAUUCUGCUAGACUGCAUUAUAUGUUUAGUGCACUACGGGACUGUGUACCUGCUAUGAUGCAUGCAAGACACUUGGAAUCCUGUGAGGUACUUAUGGAAUGCUAUGACAAAGAAAUCAUGGAAGUGCUUAAUGAGCACCUGUUGGACAAAUUAUGUAAAGAGAUAGAAAAGGACCUACGCUUAUCAGUUCAUACGCACCUAAAACUUGAUGACAGAAAUCCCUUCAGAGUUGGUAUGAAGGAUCUAGCUCAAUUCUUCUUUCUGAACCCAAUACGUUUUUUCAAUCGCUUCAUUGACAUAAAAGCUUAUGUGACACACUAUUUGGACAAGACCUUCUACAACUUAACAACUGUAGCUCUUCAUGACUGGGCUACUUACAGUGAAAUGAGAAACCUAGCAACUCAACGAUAUGGUUUAAGUAUGACUGAAGCACAUCUUCCCAGCCAGACUUUGGAACAGGGUCUGGAUGUUUUGGAAAUUAUGAGAAAUAUUCAUGUUUUUGUAUCUCGCUACCUCUACAAUCUGAAUAAUCAGAUAUUCAUUGAAAGAACUAGUAAUAACAAACACUUGAACACUAUCAAUAUUCGACACAUUGCUAAUUCUAUUCGAACUCAUGGAACAGGAAUAAUGAACACAACAGUUAACUUCACUUACCAGUUUUUGAGGAAAAAAUUUUAUAUUUUUAGCCAAUUCAUGUAUGAUGAGCAUAUCAAAUCCAGACUUAUCAAAGACAUCAGAUUCUUCAGGGAAGUCAAGGAUCAAAAUGAUCACAAGUAUCCCUUUGAAAGAGCAGAUAAAUUCAAUCGAGGCAUCAGAAAACUUGGAAUAACCCCGGAUGGCCAAAGUUACCUUGACCAAUUCAGACAACUCAUAAGUCAAAUCGGCAAUGCUAUGGGUUAUGUGCGAAUGAUAAGAUCUGGUGGACUUCACUGCUGUAGUAGUGCAAUUAGGUUUGUUCCUGAUCUGGAAGAUAUUGUUAAUUUUGAAGAGCUAGUGAAAGAAGAAGGGCUCUCAGAAGAAACACAAAAAGCAGCAAGGCAGUUGGACUCUGUCCUCAGUGAUCUCACUCGUAACUUCGCAGAAGGAACAGAGUACUUCAAAAUGCUUGUGGAUGUAUUUGCACCUGAAUUCCGCAGUCCAAAGAAUAUGCAUUUGCGCAACUUCUAUAUAAUUGUUCCCCCGUUGACCCUCAAUUUUGUAGAGCAUUCAAUCAGUUGCAAGGAGAAAUUGAAUAAGAAGAACAAAAGUGGAGCAGCUUUCACUGAUGAUGGAUUUGCCAUGGGUGUGGCUUACAUUCUGAAGCUUUUGGAUCAGUACCAGGAAUUUGAUUCGCUGCACUGGUUCCAGUCUGUUAGAGAGAAAUAUGUGAAGGAAAUAAGAGCAGUAACUAAACAACAGAAUGUGCAGUCCACGAAUCAAGAUGAAAAACUGCUACAAACUAUGAACCUGACCCACAAGCGACUGGAAGUUUGUUUACAGGAAUUUGAACUGCUUUAUUUCUCACUAAGUAGUGCAAGAAUAUUUUUCAGAGCAGAUAAAACUGCAGCAGAAGAAAAUCAGGAGAAGAGAGAAAAAGAAGAAGAAUCUGUUAAAACAAGCAACGGAGAUCUUUCCAACUCUGCGCCUGCAGAUCCUGUUGUGAAAUGAUAAAGCUGAGAAAGGGAAAACAUGGAAAGUAACGUAAUAAACUACUGUUCAUUUAAUACCGAAAGUCUUAUAUGCAUCCGCAGAAGUAAGGAAAUCCAGAGCCAAGACAGAACCACAAUCAGCUCUUCCUUUUAUGACCAGACACUGUGCGAUGGGUGUCUGUAACUAUUAAGUGAUCUUACACUUCAUGACUGUGUUGUGCCUAACUGCAAGUUUCAGCCUCAGAUCUGUGUUUCCUUGCCUUUGUAGGUCUGUUGUACCCUCUGUGUUGUUCAUACAGUUUUACAUGCCUGAUUAUUAAUAAUAAUUGCACUGCAGAUUUCAAAAGCUGCUAAACACUGUGAGAACUCUGUAUAAAUGUAACAUCUUUUAAUGCCUGCAAGUAGAAGUUUCUGUACUGUGCAAGAGUUACUCAAUUCCUGACUUGAGUAAAUAGCCACACUUAGCUUAAAAAUAAGUACCAGUUUCAUUAAAAGAUACAAUUGUGUUCUGAUCUCCCAGAAUAUAAAAUAAGGUCUUAACUAGAUAGAAUAAACGCCCUAGUCAGCCUAACUGAGAAUUCCCUUUUCACUUUUUUGGCAUUUAACUGUACUUUUAGACCAUAAUUGCCAGCUUCUUUCAUCUCUUCUAAUUACAAAAAAGAUAAUGUUUUAAGGUAAAUGGUUCAAUUGCUUCACUGACUGUUAAGAUAAUUCCUGACAGACCUUUGAUUUGCCCUUCUCUGCCAGUCCCUUUAACGUUCAGAAAACUAGAAAUGUUUUUGUUGCAACUGGAGAGACCGGGCUGAUAUGGAAGUCCUUUCGGUGGUUCUGAAAACAUGACCCAGAAGCUUAAUGGACUGUUUAAAUCAGCUGGACUCAUUAAAGCCUUUAUUUUUGACUCAUUGUAACUACAGAGACUGCCCUAGAAAUGCUGCACUACUUAAAUUUCUGCAUUUUUAUUGAUACGUUUCUGUCAUAAUCUGUGUACGUUUUAAUUUUUUGACCAAGUUGUGCCCGCACUGAACAUUCUCAGUAGCGUUGCUGAGAACAGAGGCGUUCGUUCUUGCUGCUGCUGCUUAUUUCCAUUAACUCAUCUUAAGUGAUACGAUUGGUUUUUGGCUAGUCCCGGCCAAGCGCUCCCUUUUCUUCCAUGCCAACUGCAGAAUGACCUACAGAUGUUAGUUGACUUCCUAUGGAUUGACUUGCUGGAUAGCUGUGUACAGUCAAGGCAUUGCCUGCGCUCUCAUGAAACCUGCACUCGUAUUUUCCCUUCUCCCUUUUUCGGAAGGACACUCCUGGAUAGGUAAUAAUUUGCAGUUAACCUUGAACUGUGCAUUUUCCUAAUGUGUGUACAGUGGUAACAAAUCAAUGUGGUUCUGGUGAUGGAAAUUCUGCAAGAUGUAAGCCUAUUUUUGUAGAACCUUUUUUAGAUCUGGGGACCUGAUUGUAUGCUAUAUAGCCAAAUUAACAAACAAAAAAAUUAUAUAUACACAUACAUAAAUAUGUACAGUGAUAAAAACUAUUCUUGCUAAUACCGGAUUGUAGUUAUUGUAUUUAAAAAAUAAUUUGUCAUUUAGCAGCAUAUAAAUGCAGGAAGCUUUUUGUCAUUUGAAAUACAAGGAGGGUUCCAGUUUUAGAUGUCCUGUGUGUCAAUGAAAGUCGCAUUAAGUCCUUGCUGUGGUGCUACUUCUGGACCACUUACCAUUGCUUUUGCCCUCCUGCUCUGAUUGUAGGAACAAAUUGGACCCUAACUGGUUGUCUGGAGAUGUGAGGAUGGAUUAAAAACAAACGAACAAACAAACCAAUCCCCCAAACUAAACCAAACUUCCUGCUCACUCAAAAUUCCUGGAGGUGAUAAAGGAAAGUGAGGAUGAUGAGUUUCCGGCAGGGACAUAACCCUGGUCUCUAGCUCUUUUCAUGGGCAGAACAGGCUGAAGGCCAGUCUGUCUCCCUGAGACAGUAGCUGCCACCACUACUAGCCUGUUGUGCUUGUUCUCGUGACCAGACUGUCACAGGUAGAAGUGGCAGCAGCAGCUCUUCUAAAAAUCUUGAGAGCAGCUUCUGGCUUGCCGCUGUGCCCUUCAGUCAGAAGCCAUGGUGCUGCCUUGGUCUUCCUCCUAACAGCAUCACAUUUAGAAGAAGCAGAGUAUGGCAGAUGCCCUAAUUCACUUUCGACCCUUUUUUGUGUGCCAGCCCCGUGGUCAAAAGUCAUCUGCCAUGGAUUGGUUAGGAGCGGUGGCCCAAGCAGCACCUGACUGGUCUGUGCUUCACUGGGAAGCAAAGUGCUGGUGUAUGUUUUGCUUUGCUGAAGGGUGGAUUCCGGGGGUCCCACUGUAGUCUGUAAUUAGAGGUAAAUUUCAGUUUUCAUCUGAUGUCCAUCAAUGAUGACAACUGUUUUCAGCUUCUCUCAGGUACAAAGGACCAAAUGUAACACUUGCGUUUCCUAACUCCUUGUACAAAUGGGUAUUUUGUUACCUCAGUCUCUUUGGUUCUGUGAGUAGAGUACACCAUGUACAUACAACUGUUAAUAAAUGUAAUUUUGAGAACCUCA